AUGUCGCAUACAGGUACUUUUAGGGGAACGCCCAAUAAAACUAUCGGGAGAGGAAGGCUGCCCGACUUCGACAACUCAGGUGGUUCACAUAUCCCUCGUCCUCGUUCAGACCGUCCCGAAUCCGUUGCCACUCCCAACACCCCGGCUAGCGACGUCGGAAGCGGCACCAUGAGCGCCGCCAGCACCAGACAACGACAGACUCAGUCGAAGCGUGAUGAGGCUAUCCGCCGCAAGAUGGAGGCCGACCUCAACAAAAAGAGGCACAAUCCGGCCAAAGCUCGCAACUCCCGCAAGGCCCCUCCCGGCACCGUGCUGGCCCUGAAGCCAAGCCAGGCCCUCCAGAUCAAGCCCUCCCUCAGCAUCGCCGAGGCUGCCCAAAUGAUGGCUGCCAAGCGCGAGGACUGUGUUUUGGUUACCGACGAUGAUGAGCGCAUUGCUGGUAUCUUCACUGCAAAGGAUCUUGCCUUCCGUGUGAUCGGAAUGGGAUUGAAGGCACGCGAGGUUUCUGUCGCCGAAAUCAUGACCAAGAACCCAUUGUGCGCCCGAACGGACACUAGCGCUACUGACGCCCUCGAUCUGAUGGUGCGGAAGGGUUUCAGACAUUUGCCGGUCAUGGACGAGAACCAGGAUAUUUCCGGUGUGUUGGAUAUCACCAAGUGCUUCUACGAUGCGAUGGAGAAGUUGGAGCGCGCUUACAGCUCCUCGCGGAAGCUUUAUGACGCAUUGGAGGGUGUUCAGACUGAGCUGGGUUCGAGCCAGCCCCAGCAGGUUAUCCAGUAUGUGGAGGCCCUGCGAUCCAAGAUGUCCGGCCCAACUCUUGAAACCGUCCUUGAUGGUAUGCCCCCGGUCACUGUGUCCGUCCGAACUUCGGUCAAGGAUGCUGCUGCAUUGAUGAAGGAGCACCACACCACUGCUUUGCUUGUCCAGGACCAGGGCUCCAUCACCGGUAUCUUCACCAGCAAGGACAUUGUCCUGCGUGUUAUUGCCCCUGGCCUUGACCCCUCCAACUGCAGCGUUGUCCGCGUCAUGACACCUCACCCCGAUUUCGCCCCGUCCGAUAUGAGCAUUCAAGCUGCUCUCCGUAAGAUGCACGACGGCCACUACCUCAACUUGCCUGUGAUGAACGAGGGCGGCGAGAUUGUUGGCAUGGUUGAUGUGUUGAAGCUCACCUAUGCCACUCUCGAACAGAUCAACACCAUGGGAUCCCAGGAUGACGAAGGACCCGCGUGGAACAAAUUCUGGCUUUCAAUGGACCACGAGUCUGAUUCGAUGGUCUCUGGCAGUGCCAGUCACCAGCCCCAUACGCCACACCGCUCCGUCAUGAGCCCCGACCUGACCAGGUCAGGCUACGACAACAGUGUUCUCCCGAACGAAUCCGCCUCUCACCAUGGCGGCGAAGAGCAUUCCGAGGUUGCUUCUCACCAACACCAGCAGCAGCCCGCGGAGGAUGCCCCAUUCCCAUUCAAGUUCAAGGCGCCCAGUGGACGGGUGCACCGUGUGAACGUGCUCGCCACGGCUGGUAUCUCUGAUCUCGUAGCACAGGUGACCGCAAAGCUUGGCUCUGAGCUUGAGGCUGUUGGUGGUGAGGCUGCGGUUGAGGAAGGACGUCUCAGCAACACCGGUUAUGCUCUCAGCUAUAUGGACAAUGAAGGCGACACCGUUUCAAUCACCACGGAUCAGGAUAUGCUCGAUGCCAUCAACCUUUCACGCCACACGCGCCGCGACAAGGUUGAUCUGUUUGUCCAUGACCCAACCCAGCCCCCUAUCCCUGCCACUUUGGACCCGCAGCCUGCCAAGCCUGCAACCCCUGUGGUGGAACAGAGCAGCCCUGUCCCCGAGGAGUCUCCGGUUGAGGAGCCUGUCACCAAGCACCGCCCACAGCAAUCCUUCUCCUCGCAAAACCAGCAUUCUGAGGAGCAACUCAUCGCGGGUGUUCCGAAUGAUCUGCUUCUACCCGGAGCUAUUGUCACUCUGGCCGCAGUCAUUGCUGGUGUCUUCAUCCUCAGCCGGCCCAGCGGUCGCUAA